GGUAAACUAUGUUUCCAAGGAGGUCAGUACAAAAAGCCAGACAGGCAGUUUCUGGGUCAGACCAGUUUUCCAUCCAUCGAAGUGGCUUCUGUUUUCUCCAGAUGCUUAUCACUAAGAGGCUCCCAAAAGGCUAUUUUUCUGCUUACCCUGCCCCUCUGGUGUUUGGUGGUGUUGCUAACGGACAAGGUUAAAAUGAACUGGUCAUCUGAGAGUCAUGGAAAACAUGGAACCAAGACUUAAGCAGGCCCCCUAUUUUCGUUGUGAAAAGGGACCUGAUUGGGUUCCUGUGUGCCAGAAGUGUGAAACCUGUGUCUUAGCGUGGAAGAUCUUUGCUACCAAAGAGUGGUUCAGGAGGGUCAGUGACAUAUCCCAGAGGAGGUUUCUAGUGAGCAUCCUGGGGCAGUUAAAUAGCCUGUAUUUGUUACACUACUUCCAGAAUAUCCUACAGACCACCCAGGGGAAGGAUUUCAUCUAUAACAGGUCCCGGAUCAAAUUCAUCAGGAAGGAAGGGAAGGAGGACGUUGUGAAGUCUUCCUUGAACCAAAUGCUGGACAAAACGGUGGAGCAGAAGAUGAAGGAGAUCCUGUACUGGUUCGGUAACAGCACUCACCGGACUAAGGCCAACUACACGCUCCUGCUGCUGCAGAUGUGUGACUCCAAGUUACUGCUCACUGCUGCCGACGUGAUCCGAGUCCUCUUCAUGAAGGAGUGGAACAAUAUCUCAGGCCUCCAUCAAGACUCCGAUGAUAUCGUGUUUUUCCCCGAGAAAAGCUACCACCCCGCAUCUGACACUUCAUACGUCUCUUGGUCAGCUAGGCCCAAACCCAUGUCAUUCCCGAUGUCCAAACCUAAAAGUGGGACGGAAAAUGAGAGAGAAGCAACCGCUGAGGAAAAAGGGAAGAGUUCGCUCCAGUGUAUUUCUGAGAUGAAUAAACAAUUUUCUGGAAAAGCGGGUAUAUUCAGACUGGGAGACGAUCCAUGCCACCUGCUGCUGAGCCUGGAUGAUGUCCAAGUCCUGUCUUCUGGGUCCAGCAAACAUCGGGACUUUAUACGUUACCUGCCCCUCCACCUCUCCAAGUACAUUCUAAGAAUGCUGGAUAAGAACAGUCUGAACCGGUGUUCUUUUGUGAGUCAGCACUGGGCCGCUCUGACCCAGCAGGUCAAGCUGGACCUGUCCAUGCACUCCUUCCUUCAGAACCAGAUUUCUCUCCUGCAGGGAUCCUACACAAGGGGGAUAGAUCCUAAUUAUGCCAGCAAAGUCUCUAUCCCAGUUCCUAAAAUAGUCAAUGAUGGGAAGCGUUCACGGUCAAAAAAUCAGAAGUGGAAGCUGAGAACAAAGAAUGAUUACAACUUGUGGAAUGCAUACCAGAACCAGGAGACCCAGCUGGUGCAGAUGGAGGAGAGGAACGUUUUCUGUGGCACCUACAACAUCCGCAUUCUCUCUGACACGAAGGACCAAAACAGGAUCAUUCACUAUAGCGGGGGUGAUUUGAUGGCUGUCUCAUCCAAUCGGAAGAUCCACCUUCUGAACAUCAUGGAAGCCAAGGAGUUGCCCAUCGAGUUCCGAGGCCAUGCUGGCAGCGUCAGGGCUCUCUUCCUGGCUGAGGAGGAGAACAUUCUCUUCAGUGGGAGUUACGACCUGAGUAUCAGAUACUGGGAUGUGAAAACUGGAGCUUGCGUACGAAACUUCUAUGGUCACCAAGGAACAAUCACUUGCCUGGAUUUAUAUAAGAACAGGCUUGUAUCUGGAGCAAAAGACGGACAGGUGAAAGAAUGGGACAUAGACACAGGGAAGUGCCUGAAGACAUUCAAACACAAAGAUCCCAUCUUGGCCGCCAAGAUCAGCGAGAGCUACAUCGUGAGCAGCUGUGAGCGAGGCACGGUCAAGGUGUGGCAUAUUGCCACAGCUCAGCUGCUAAAGACUCUCACUGGGCACGAGGGAGCUGUGAAAUGCCUGUUCUUUAACCAAUGGCAUCUCGUCUCCGGAGGUGCUGAUGGCCUGGUCAUGGCCUGGAGCAUGGUGGGAAAGUACGAGCGGUGCCUGAUGGCCUUCAAGCAUCCUAGGGAGGUGCUGCAGGUGUCUCUUCUGUACCUCCGUGUCAUCAGUGCCUGUGGAGAUGGCAAGAUCCGCAUCUACAACUUCCUCAAUGGGAACUGUCUGAAGGUGAUAAAAGUCGAUGCCAGAGGUGACCCCGUGCUAUCCUUCUUUUAUCAGGGCAACAGGAUGGUGGUCCAGACGGACAGCAAUAUCCUCUUGUUCCAGUUUGAAAACGUAAAGUGGCAGUACAGCAUGGACAAAAACAAAGCAAAGAAGAGUAAGGAUAAGGAGGAGGAGAGGGAAGAAACCAGCAAUGGGGAUGGGCAUUCCAAGUCCAGCAUUCAGGUUCAGAGCCUGAGAGAUUCUGUGUCCAGUAAACAGACUAUGGGCCAGGAAUUCUUAUCAAAUAAACCUCAGAAGUCUCAAGUUCAUCUGAAGCCAAACAAGAAGGUCUCUUCAGAAGCAGAUGAUGGGCCAAGUCCUGGAGGUCAAAUCAGUCAUCCAAAGAAAAAGUUCUGGAAAGUCCCUAUGACACCGGACCGAUUCCUUCUGACUGUCAAUUCUCUGCAGCAAGCCCACAAUUCUGAAGAGUUUGCUUAUCCCCACAGGCCCCGAACUCCAGUCAUUGAUGCCUGGGGGCCUUCCAUUCCAUAUCCAAGGAAAGUCCUAAGUUUCAAAGGAAAAUCAGCUCAACAUGCAGUUGAUCAGCUGCGAUCCAGCAACCUUUCCACCGAUGUGAAACAAACCAAUAUUCCCCUUGAAAUUCAGAAACUGCAGCCCAACUUGAAAAAAUCCUUGCAUAGUCCCAGAGUCCAGUCCACCAUACCUGAGCCCAUACUUAUCCGUUCCAGAGUCUCUGAUAGCCCAAGGGGCGAGGAGCACUUGACCAGUUCAAUUGAUGGGGCAAAGCGCCGCGUUGGCCCCCUGACCAGCAUGCAGGUCAUUAAACCAAACCGAAUGCUCGCUCCUAGGGGUGGUACAGCUACCCUGUCUCUCAAGAAAGAACGGCCACGUUUCUACACAACCCUGGAUCCUCUUAGAAUGAACACCGGGUUCAUGCUGUUGACUGUGAAGGAGGAGAAAGAAUAUGGAGAAGCCAAGAUGAAGGAAUAUCAAGCUAGUGAAUCCACUAAAGUAGUCGACCCAGGUAAAGCCAGCAAAGCUGCGUGGAUUCGUAAGAUCAAAGGCCUGCCUAUUGAUAAUUUCAUGAAGCAAGGGAAAACAGCGGCUCCCGAACUUGGACAAAAUGUGUUUAUCUAACAAGGCUUGGGAAAUUAUAGCACCAUUACACCAAACAGAAAACCAA